CUAAUCUCACCGACUAGUGUGUAAGUGAUUUAGUGUUCAGUAUGGCUAGAAAAAAAAGCCAUAGAAGUGGUUUAUUCAACAAAACGCAAUAAACAUUCUGACUGAAAGCAUCUAAUUUUUAUUACCGGUUCUUAAACCAUCGCUCCCAGGUAGAGGGCAUUACUUCCUAGCUCUCAAAAACUAGACCAAAACAGUCAUUUAUAGCAAAAGCAAUGAAUUCUCUGUAUUAAAAAGAUAGUUUUAUUGCUUAAUGAUCAGCAGGGCUGAACAGUUCAAACAUUUCUUUGAGAAGUUUUGCUGGAUCUGGUAUUGGAGUGCUUGCACUGAUCCAUGAAUUAUAAAGGCUUUUUAUUUUUGCCUUCAUAUUUGCUGUUUUAUUAACGCUGACAUACUGAUUUAAAGAAAAUAAUAAAUGGGCAAAUAAAGUGUCAAAAUUUUCCAUUAUGACCCAAAUAAUUUUAACUCGGGACCUUUAAAGUUUUUUUUUCUUUCUGCUUGUAGCAUCAUUUUUGCGAGCAUUAACAAUAAUAAAUGGCCGUGAAAGGCACUGGCAGCGCGUUCAAAGGGCCCCGGCUGUGUCUACUGCAAAUGCCAAGCGACACCUUCCCGCACAGCGAGGUCUCAGUUUCCACUCUCUCCUCCAGUCAGUGUCGUAUGCUGGGGGAGUGAUGCAUUGUGGGACGAAAUAAGAUGCCGACAGAGAGGAGCUGGAGGAAAACGCUCGUGCCGUGCGAGGAGGCAGCGCCGCAGCCAAUGGCAGGGCGCGGCAUGCGGCAGAGGGGGCGGGGAGCUGCCGCGGACAGCACAGCGUAGAGCCAGCCUUCCUUCAUGCUUAUUGUGUAAAAUCUUUAAAAAGCAAUUAGCCGCAGCAUCUUCUUAACCUUCCCUCGUCGCUUCUUUAACGCGCACGCUUCUCAGCGGAGGACCCCGUUUUUUUUCUCCAUCAAAGGCGCAGAAAAAAAGGUGGGUUGGACCGGCCUCAUCUAGACGAUUCACUUCAAGCACCCAACCUGAACCACCAUGACUGACAGGAAAGCUGUGAUCAAGAACGCAGACAUGUCCGAGGACAUGCAGCAGGACGCCGUGGACUGUGCCACCCAGGCCAUGGAGAAGUACAACAUAGAGAAGGACAUCGCUGCCUACAUCAAGAAGGAGUUUGACAAGAAGUACAAUCCAACCUGGCACUGCAUCGUCGGGAGGAACUUCGGCAGCUACGUCACUCACGAGACAAAGCAUUUUAUUUACUUCUACUUGGGCCAAGUGGCCAUUUUGCUCUUCAAGUCCGGCUGAGUUUCUGAUGUUGUACCGAGGAGUGUUUUCCUCCCCGAACCUAAAUUGGAAAUGCACUGGUGGCUGAUGUCUCCCAUACACUUAUGACAUACCAUAACGAUGCAAAAUCUGCCGUGCGCAACUGCAUGGACUAUACACUUAUAUAAUAUGUAUGUUACAGUAAGUUUACUUUUUCGAUAGUUGCCAUUUGAAUGCAACUGAAGUAGUUUUCGUUGAUUCUAGGUUGUGAAAGAUUUCCGCGUGGCCCUCGAUUGUAUAAUAAAGGAAAGCUCUAGAAUGUAGUGGUCCAUCUGCUUUCCUUCAUAAGUGGCAUUGCCAGACCCAAUAAUGAGAAACUCGUGUUUUUAGAUAGUGAAGUUAAACCUUUUGCAUGACGAUUCAUCUUGAAAAUGUGAAAGCGAACAUUGAAAAGGUUGAUCGAGGGGGAGAAAAAAAAAACAGUCUGUUCAGUUCUCUUGCUCUAAGCGAUUUAUAGGAAAUUAUUUCGUCCCAACCACACGGGAUACAAAACCCCUUGUUUUUUAUUAUUAUUUUUUUUAUUUUAAUAUUUGAUGAAUCUUUAGCAGAAGGUGAAACUUUAGCAGCCGCGCUCAUGAAAGAUGUCACAUUGCCGAACGCGCGUUACACUCUGGAAGAGGCACAAGAGGAUGCAGGCAGUCUUGGGAGAGGUUUAGUUUGUCAAAUCUUAAACUUUCACUGUGAAGGGAGAGAGCAUUUAGGGCUCGCACAAACAGACCUAAGCCUGUAAUGUCUGUGCUACAAGACUACAGACUGGUUACCAGAAAUCACUCGCAUAGCUCUUAUAUUUACGAUCCUGUGUUAACUGCAUGUUUGGAGGUUACUGCACACAUUUUUUUAUUUUUAUUGCUUCAAAACUCAAAAUCUGUUCUGGAGGCAAAUAAUUUAGUGUUUUCAGCUUUCGAGUAUGUGGAUGUUGGACAUCGCCGACACACGUUUUUUUUUGUCCCAGUGAUUGCUAUAUAUAGCAGCGUUAGAUAAACAAAUGAGGUUAAUUUUUAUCAAGGCUACCACCGCCCAUGUGUUUCAGAUGGUUGUGUCGUCUCAUGUGGUUUGUGAUACCUUUAAAGUUGCAGCACCUUCUUAGUUUUAGUGGCCAGUGUCUUGCCAGGCGAAGCAUUUAAGUGUCGACUCCUUUAAAAAAGAAAAGAAAAAAUGCCGGUAUAGGUUGAUCUGUUACCCGUUCGGUUACAAGUUUUAGGUUUUUUCGUUUUGUAAUAUCAGUAUAAAUAGUUUGAAAAAGGCAUUGCACAAUUUUUGAAUCAAGGAUUUUUGGAUUUGGGCAGAUUGACGGGUUUGAGUCCGUGGGGGCGGAUAACAACACAUUUCUCGCUGUGCGUAAAGACUGAAUGUUUACUGAGUUAUUGUCUCCCAUUUGGCAGUUGUGGGUGAAAUGUUUUUUUUGUUUUUUUUUCCCAGUCUUAGCUUGGAUUGAUUUUUUUGUUGUCAUGGGACGUCUUCCUAAUUGUUGUCAAUGUAAACUGAUUUAGCGUUGUUUUCCUCUGGCAUGUAUUCUUUGCAAUGUAUGUUGUAGGAGCCGUUCCAAUGCUGUUAAAUUUGCACAAAACUUGUGCCUGUCAUUGCUCUCAACUGUAAAUGGCUUGAGUACAAUUGCACUUCAUUAGAUUUAUCCAGUAGGUUGCUACAGAACCAAAACUGUAUAAACCGGAUAAAAUAAAAAAAAAUCAUUGUU